GGCUUUACGCUGGUGAAGGAUGGUGUGUUUCCGUCCUGAUGAAUUAUCUAAAGUGUGCAGUGUCCUUGUCAGGGAGCAGAGGAGUCGCACCGAGUCCCGGAGCAGCAGCGGAGCAGCGGAACAGCGACGGCAGAGUGUCCGGCCCGGAGUGUCACUGUCCCCGGGCUUCAGGAACCACAGGUUACGCUCCUCCUCUCCGGGAGAACUUACCGCUGAUCCCCGGCAUGUGCAGCCGCUUUCUCCUUGGGUGACCUACACACCAGCCCGGGCGUCCUCACGGCUCAACACCUGCUGGUGAGGAGGAGGAGGGCGGCAGGUUCCACACAGCGACUCUGCUGCAGGCGUCGGGCCCGAGAGAGGAGCAGCGGGGCCGGGGAACACGGGUCGGUCCGGUCGGUGGUGGUGGCUGCGUCAGGUGGAGGACAGAGGAAGCUGCGGAGUUCAUACACCCCCACACGCACACACACACACACACACACACACACACUGGAGCUGUUGCCGGUUACAACACAUGAUGUACACAAUCACCAGAGGUCCCAGCAAACUUGCUACACAGCGGAGGACAGGUCCAACACAGCAGAUCGAGAGCAAGUUCAGCGACUUGAAGCUCAGGCCGACGACCUGGCUCACGUCCAACUCGCCGCCGCCGAAGAUCGUGUUCAACCGCCUCAACGGGAAGCGCUACCACGGCGCAGCCACGCAGAAGGCCAGCUGCCCAGCAGAGGGAUUCACUCCAGCACACGAGGAGAACGUCAGAUUCGUGUAUGAAGCUUGGCAGGAGCUGGAGCAGGAGCUGGGGGACGGGGAUGUCGGGAAGUCGACCGACAACCAGGGGCCCGUUCAGUACACUGAGAAGACCCCCAGUGCUGCAAUGAAGAACUUUGUGCCCAUAGACCUGGAGGAGUGGUGGGCUCAGCGCUUCCUCGCCAACAUCGCCAACCUGUCAUGACCGGUUGAGGCUUCGAGUCGGGACAGGAAGCACUGCGUUGAUGCUCCAUCGGCGAAAGGCGUCACAGGAGUGACGGCGGGAGGAGCGGAGUCCGUCUCCAGGAUCUGCGGCGCGAAAGGGCAGCGCGUCACCUUGAUUUGACGCUGCGUAGAGAGAACUGGGUGCACAAGACAAAACCGCCAAGAAUGCAACGACGCUGACCUGACUGUGAACAGAGCGGGCUGCGACAAAAGACCCGUCUCUCUCUACUUGAGUGACGUGUUGGUUUAGAAGUUGAGAUUCUUUUUCCUCCUCCUCUAUCAAGUGUGCUCUGCUGUAUGUGUGUCUUUGCUGAGCUUUGGAUAUGAAUCUACUGAAGAACAAAACAAGUAAAAUGGCUUUCAAGAAACA